AUGUUCUACCAAGUGAAAGUACCCAAACACCAAUACAACCAUCUCAGAUUCCUCUGGUGGCCAAACGGUGACAUAUCAAAAGAACUCGAAGAGUACUGGAUGAAAGUACACCUGUUUGGCGUAGUGAGCUCACCAAGUAUCGCCAACUACGCACUUAGACGCAUCGCAGAUGAAGAAAACAACUUAAGUUCAGAAGUCGCCCAUACAAUUAAGCGGAACUUCUACUUCGAUGACUGUGUAAAGUCUGUACCGAACGCCACCGAAGCCAGUUCUCUGAUUGCUGAACUGACUGCCGCCUGCGGGGGCUGUGGAUUCAAACUGUGUAAAUAUACUAGUAAUGACGUCUCUGUCCUAAACACAUCCCAGCUGACAAUCGAUCCAAAGAGGUUAAAGACAAGAGACAUCAAUUAUGACCCACUGCCUACCGAGCACGCCCUCGGAAUAACUUUGGGUCGUCGAAACAGACACAUUUUGGCUUCUCAGUGUUGUUGCCAGACAAACCGCUGA